AAACAGUUUGCAAGAAAAGCUGGUUCUGGCACAAUAACAGCUAAAUUUGAACUCCAGCCUCCUCCUUAUCCCAUGGAUGCUUUGGAGCCUCAUAUGAGUAGUAGAACAUUUGAAUUCCACUGGGGGAAGCAUCACAGGGCUUAUGUCGACAACUUAAACAAGCAAAUAGACGGAACAGAACUAGAUGGAAAGACACUAGAAGACAUAAUACUUGUUACAUAUAACAAAGGUGCUCCCCUCCCAGCAUUCAACAAUGCUGCUCAGGCCUGGAAUCAUCAGUUUUUCUGGGAAUCAAUGAAGCCCAACGGAGGAGGAGAGCCAUCUGGUGAAUUAUUAGAACUAAUCAACAGAGACUUUGGUUCCUAUGAUGCAUUUGUUAAAGAAUUUAAG